AUGUCGUUUAAAGAGAAGGACCUUGAAGCUGAGCGAAACGAGCAUAUCUCGUUCGAUGAGAAAGGCGAUCGCGGUGAAGAUGGCCGCGUUAACAUUGAGGAUGUCGACCAACCAAAUGAUACAUCAGGACAAGCAUCGUCGCCUUUCGAAAAGGAUGACAAGGAAACCCGUCGCAUUAUUCGAAAGAUAGAUCUCAGACUCCUGCCAACACUCGCUGUUAUCUAUGCCUUUGCACUCAUCGACCGCGUUAAUCUUCCAAAUGCGCGUAUAGCAGGCAUGGAUGAGGACCUAGGCCUCUCUAUCGGCUCACGUUAUUCAAUCCUCACAAUGAUCUUCUUCAUCCCUUACAUCAUCUUUCAGUUCCCGGCCAACAUCAUCAUCAGAAAACUUGGUCCCGCCGUAUGGCUACCUUCUCUAGUCAUCUGCUGGGGAGCUGUCACGAUUGGCAUAGGUUUUACGAAUGAUUGGACGCAGGCACUAGGCUGCAGAAUCAUCCUCGGCGUCCUGGAAGCAGGGUAUUAUCCAGGUUGUGUCUUCCUGCUAAGCUGUUGGUACGCGAGAUUUGAGGUACAGAAGAGGUUCAGUGGAUUCUAUCUGCUAGCCCUUCUUGCAAGUGGUUUCUCGAACAUCCUUGCUUGGGGACUAAGCGAGAUGAGAGGCCUUGGAGGUCUAAACGGAUGGCAAUGGAUAUUCGCUAUAGAGGGCGCCAUCACUGUCCUACUCGGCUUCAUGGGUUUCGUAACAAUAAUCGACUUUCCCGAUAAAGCCAGCCAGCCUAGCCCAAUAACAAAGCGCCCUUUCUUAACCUCUGCGGAAGCCAACAUAAUUCUUGCCCGUAUUCAACGCGAUCGCGGUGAUGCUGUCGCCGAUAAGCUUACCUGGUCAACCAUCUCAACGCAUCUCCGCGAUUGGAAGAUCUGGGAGUUUGCCUGGCUCUACUUCCUCAACAACGUCGUCGCGUACAGCUGGGGGUAUUUCUUACCCAUCAUUCUACGCAACGACAUGAAAUACUCCGUCGCUAUGAGUCAGAUCCUGUCUUUCCCGCCAUACGUGCUGGCUGCGGCUUGGAUGUUCGCCACAGCAUGGGUUGCCGACCGGUACAGGAUGCGUGGUGCAAUCAUUAUAUUCAACUGUGCAUGGGCUGUCUUGGGAGUAUGCAUGAUGGCAUUCCUCAGCAACGCUCGUGCACGAUAUGCCGGAGUCUUCUUAGGUGUUAGUGGAGCGAAUGCGAAUGUGCCCAGCUUGUUGAGUUAUAUGCAUAACAACAUCGUGGGUCAGAUGAAGAGAAGCGUUGCUAGUGCGCUAUUGAUUGGGGGCGGAGCCUGUGGAGGUAUUGCAGCAUCGAAUAUCUUUCGACAACAAGAUGCGCCAAAGUACACACCUGCCAUGGCUGUUGUGAUUGCGACUCAAGUUCUGACCAUAGUCCACGUGCUUAAGAACUUUUGGGUGUACUCACGAGCGAAUCGCCAGGCAGAUCGAGGCGAGAGGAUCUUGGAGGGACAAGAGGGCUUCCGACAAACGCUGUAG